GAGGAAUUGGAAUGGGUUUAUAACUCUCCCUUGAGAAGAAACACAGCAUUUCAGCUGCUGUCACUCCUUCAAGGAAAGUUCUUCUACUCCACCAACCCCCUCUUUUCUCAGUAACAUGGCCAGCAAGGAAGUCAUUACAGUGUUUGGAGCAACAGGAGCUCAAGGUGGCUCUGUGGCCAGGGCAAUUUUGGAGAGCAAAAAAUUUGCCGUGAGAGCAGUGACCAGGGAUGUGACUAAGCCAAAUGCCCGGGCGCUCCGGGACCUUGGAGCUGAGGUGGUAAAAGGUGACCUGGAUGAUAAAGCAUCCGUGGAUGAUGCCUUAAAAGGUGCCUAUGGGGCCUUCUUGGUGACCAACUUCUGGGAAACUUUCAACAAAGAUAAGGAAGUACAACAGGGUAAGCUGGUGGCAGACACCGCCAAACGCCUAGGUCUGAAGCACGUGGUGUACAGCGGCCUGGAGAACGUCAAGCGGCUGACUGGUGGCAAGCUGGAGGUGCCACACUUCGAUGGCAAGGGUGAGGUGGAGGAGUACUUCUGGUCUCUCGGCAUCCCCAUGACCAGUGUCCGCGUGGCGGCCUACUUUGAAAACUUUCUCACGGCAUGGAAGCCCGGGAAAGCCUCUGAUGGAGAUCACUACACCCUGGCACUACCAAUGGGGGAUGUACCGAUGGACGGUAUCUCUGUUACUGAUGUUGGACCAGCCGUCUCUAGCGUUUUUAAUUCUCCAGAGGAAUUUUUAGGCAAGGCUGUGGGCCUCAGUGCAGAAAAACUAACAAUACAGCAAUACGCUGAUGUUCUGUCCAAGGUUUUGGGGAAAGAAGUCCGAGACGCAAAGAUUACCCCGGAAGCUUAUGAGAAGCUGGGAUUCCUUUCAGCAAAAGAAGUAGCCAAUAUGUGUCGUUUCUAUCAGAUGAAGCCCGACCGAGAUGUCAAGCUCACCCACCGACUAAAUCCCAAAGUCAAAAGCUUCAGCCAGUUUAUGUCAGAGAACCAGGGAGCCUUCAAAGACCUGUAGCAAAGCAGCUGUUCAGAUAGGCCUUGGAACCAACCACACAGCCUCCUUCCUCUCUGACCCUUUUCCGCUUCACAGCACAUUCACAGCGACAGAACAUGUUGGAAUGCAUUUGUUUGUAACACCAAAGGAUUUCCUGCAGUCCUCUCUUCACUAAGAAGCACAGCAUUGGUGAUGGGACACAAUAGUUUGAUUCACAUUUAACUUGCUAGUUAGUGAUCAGGGUGGUACGCCUGUUUGGCAAAAUGAGCAGCCUCAAGUUUAAAUAACUUUCUGUAGCUCUCUCUCUCCCGGAGAGCCAAGUGCCCUCAAAGGACUCUGGCCUGAGGAACUUGGAGCUUCUCUC